UUUUAACAUCCCAAUUCCCCUUGAAAACACCUCGCCCAAGUUGUAUCAUAUUCAAGAGCAUGACGCUUUACCUUGGAGUUCCUCAAUCCUCAACUGUCACCUCCAUCAAAAUUUCCCGCAUCUGUUAGGUACUACCUCUUUCUCUUCUAUUCUUCAUCAAAGUUUUAUAUUCGUUUUUCAGUUUCUUUACCAUUUGAUUGUCUUCAUUAUACAUUUGAAACCGCCGUUUCUUAGAUUCAUUCAGUAAAAUGGUCACCCAUGAAAAACCUCCGCAACAACCCAGUCAAACUCCCUCCUUUACCUCAAAGUUCAAACCAUUUUUAUAUUCAUCAUCUAUUCUCAUUCUCUUGCUGGCAAUCUCCUUCACUUUCAGCAAAGCCAGCUUUUAUAAAAUCCUGCCCUUUAAAUCAGUUUUCAUUCCACACUCCACUUUUUUCCAAUCAAUUUUAGGGUUUUUUCACCGAACCCGGAAAACAUAUGAUCCAAAUAUCAUUUCCAAGCCAUCUCAUUGUGUUCUUUGGAUGGCUCCAUUUCUUUCAGGUGGUGGGUAUAGCUCAGAAUCUUGGGCAUAUAUUUUAGCUCUUAAGGAACAUGUAAAGAACCCUAGGUUUAGAUUGGCUAUUAACCAAAAUGGUGAUUUAGAAUCUGAAGAAUUUUGGGAGGGCUUGCCUCAAGAUGUCAAGAAAUUGGCUUUUGAGCUUUAUAAUACAGAAUGUAGAAUCAAUGAAACUAUUGUUGUUUGUCAUAGUGAGCCUGGUGCUUGGUACCCACCAUUGUUUCAAACCCUUCCUUGUCCACCAACUGGUUACAAAGAUUACAAGUCGGUCAUUGGUAGAACCAUGUUUGAAACUGAUAGGGUGAAUCUUGAUCAUGUAAAGCGGUGUAAUCGGAUGGAUUUUGUGUGGGUUCCUACUGAUUUUCAUGUUUCUACUUUUGUACAAAGUGGGGUUGAUCCUUCGAAGGUUGUGAAGAUUGUGCAGCCUAUUGAUGUCAAAUUCUUUGAUCCCCUUAAGUAUGAGCCAUUAGAUCUUAUCUCGAAAGGAAAAUUGGUUUUCGGUACAAGAAAAUUGGAUACAAGUGCAAAAGAGUUUGUGUUCUUGAGUGUGUUUAAAUGGGAGUAUAGGAAAGGUUGGGAUAUAUUGUUGAAAGCAUACUUGGAAGAAUUUUCUAAUGCAGAUGGGGUUGCUUUGUAUUUGCUAACAAAUGCAUAUCAUUCUGAUAAGAAUUUUGGUAGCAAGAUUGUGAAGUUUGUAAGGAAUUCUGAUAUAGCAAAACCAGUUGAGGGUUGGGCUCCAAUAUAUGUGAUUGAUAGCCACAUUGCUCAACUCGAUUUGCCACGAGUUUAUAAGGCAGCUGAUGCAUUUGUUCUGGCAUCGAGAGGAGAAGGGUGGGGAAGGCCUCUUGUUGAAGCGAUGGCAAUGUCUUUGCCUGUCAUUGCAACGAAUUGGUCUGGACCAACAGAGUAUUUGACUGAGGAGAACAGCUAUCCAUUGCAAAUUGAUAGAUUGAGUGAAGUAAUGGAAGGUCCAUUUAAAGGGCAUCUUUGGGCAGAACCGUCGCUAGAAAAGCUGAAAACUCUUAUGAGACAAGUGACUAGUAAUGUUGACGGAGCCAACACCAAAGGGAGAAAGGCCAGAGAGGACAUGGUUGCAAGGUUUUCACCCAAGAUUGUUGCAGAGAUUGUUAAGGAUCAUUUAUACAAAAUCCUAGACGAUAAAGCAUAGGGAGUAAUUUUCUAAUCUGUUUUGAUCCCUCAAACUGCUAGUUUAGUAACUUGUACAAAACUCAAGAUUAAAUAUGGCUUGUAUAAUGGAUGGCAGAUUUGCCUGACUUAAA